AUGUCACAUACAAUUCUUCUUCUUCAAUCAACAAAUAAACUUGAUUCACGUACUUAUUCUGAUUAUGAAUCAGUUGAUGAAUGUCUCGAUGGUGUUUGUAAAGUAUUUGAAGAACAUUUAAAAAAACGUAAUCCAACAUCACCAUCAAUAACAUAUGAUAUAUCGGAAUUAUUUGAAUUUAUUGAUCAAAUAUCUGAUUUAAGUUGUUUAGUUUUUCAAAAACAAACAGGUCAAUAUAAACCACAUAAUAAAGAAUGGAUUAAACAAGAAAUUUUUCAAUUAUUACGCAAACAAGCUGCUGGUGGAAAAUAA